AUGCACGACGCCCUCGGCGACCGCGUGUCCAUUGGUCGGGCAACUGUGCGGCACACCGGGACCUACACCUGCUCUGGAUCAGCCAAUCAGAGCGCAGAACUGCCAACACCCGCCGCUUCUCUGCACCUGUAUGUGUCAGAUCCUGAAGCCUCCUUUGUAAUCCCGAAGUCUCCCUCCACUGCGGAGGAGGGGUGGGACUUCCUGUUGCGCUGCAUGCCCACAGACCCUGACAUCACCAACAUCUCCAUCCAAUCAGCGGAAAGGGGGCAGGGCCUACCUCAUGGCAUGACCUUCACUUUUGACCCCUGGCGAGGCGCGCUCCUGCACCAGGUUCAAAGGUCAUUUGAGGGGUCCUAUGUCUGCAGGGGGCGGAGACACGGACAGGAAGUGACAUCACUGCCCAUCCACCUUUGGGUGACGCACAAGCUCAUGGACCCGCCAUCUUUGUCUGUGUCUCAGAACGCUGCAAUACGAUUGGUCGGUGAGAGGUUUGAGGUCACAUGUUUCUGUCAGAACAAAAACCACUUCUUCAACCUCACAUGGACACGCCCCCCCGGACAGGUCUCCCCCUCCUCUGAGGUGCAGUCUCAGUCUGCCUCGGUCUCUGGAGUCUUAAAGAACCAGACUCUGGUCCUUAACUCGGUCAGGACCCAGGACUCUGGUCUUUACACGUGCACCGGAGGAAACACUGCUGGCUUUACCACUGCAACCAUAAGGCUGGAGGUGCGAGAACGUCCUUUUGUCACUGUUUUCCUGUGGGUCCAGAACAUCUCGUCGCUCAUCGUCAACGUAACCCACGGCAACAGCUCUGAGAAUGACGUGGUGAGGGGCGGGGCCAGCUUGGAGAGAGGCGUGGCUAUGGAAGAAGUGGGUGGAGUAACUGGUGUGGCCGUGGCAGAGAGGCAGGACCUCAGGCUUACCGUGCUGAUAGAAGCAUAUCCCCCAAUCAGAACGCAGCGAUGGAUUACUCCAGAUCACAUGACCAACGGCAGUGUGAGCAGAUCAGAGCUCUGGAUUGGCCGCGUCGAUCGCUUUGACUCUGGACUUUACUCGCUACUUUUUGAGAAUGACUUCUUCAAAGGAAACGUGUCCGUCCUCCUCACCGUGCACUAUCCUCCGGUGGUUCAGAUCCUCAGACAGGACUCUGGACUGGUUUGUCGUGCUUCUGCAGUUCCUCGUCCAUCCAUCAGGUGGAGCUCCUGCCCCGGCCUCACAGACAGGUGCGACAAUGGACUUGUGAUUGAAGAGGACUCAGAUCCAGACCUGGACUCAGACCUGGACUCGGAACUGGACUCGAAACUGGACUUGGAACUGGACUUGGACAUGGAAGGCCCUGAGGACCUGAUUGAAGACAGGGAGGAGGAGUCAGUGGAGCGGCCUCUGAUGCUGCGUCUGUCCCCUGGUGAUGACAUCACUGUGGUGUGCUCUGCUGUCAAUCAUAUGGGGGAGUCACAUGACAUGCUGUCGCUGCGAGAGCCCGCCUCCCUCCUCCACCCUCUCCUGAUUGGCUCGUUCAGUGUGGGCUUGGUCUUACUGCUGCUGCUUCUGGUGGCGCUGUGGAAAUGGAGACAGAAGCCACGGUUCGAAAUCCGAUGGAAAAUCAUUGAUGCUUUUGACGGAAACUUCUACACGUUUGUGGAUCCGACUCAGCUGCCGUACGACCAGAGCUGGGAGUUUCCCCGGGACCGACUCAGGCUGGGAGCGGUCCUCGGCUCCGGAGCGUUUGGAAAAGUGGUGGCUGCGACCGCGGUGGGCCUGGACCCGGACCACGAGGAGACCACGGUGGCAGUGAAGAUGCUCAAACCCAGAGCUCUGUCUGAAGAACGCGACGCUCUGAUGUCGGAGCUGAAGAUCCUCAGUCACAUCGGAUUCCACCAGAACAUUGUGAACUUGCUGGGAGCCUGCACCAGCGGAGGUCCCAUGCUGAUGAUCACAGAGUACUGUUGCCACGGUGACCUGCUUCACUUCCUGCGGAGCCGAGCGCAUCACUUCCUGUGCGACCCGGAAGCGCUUUACAAGAACAAUCCGACCAAUGAGAGGCCGCGCAGCGACAGUGGCAUCUCCUGCGGAUCAGACUGUCACAAGAUGAGACCUGUGGGACCUGGACCAGGACUGAGACCAAGACCAGGACCAGGACAUAGGCCGAGACCAGAUGUUCCUUCUCUCUUGGACCUGCUGAGGUUUUCUCUGGACGUGGCUCAGGGCCUGGAUUUCCUCUCCUCCAAAAAUUGCAUUCAUCGAGAUGUGGCUGCGAGGAACGUGCUCCUGACCGAACACUGUGUGGCUAAAAUCUGCGACUUCGGUUUGGCGCGCGACAUCCGCAACGACGACAACUAUGUCGUCAAGGGAAACGCUCGGCUCCCGGUGAAGUGGAUGUCUCCUGAGAGUAUCUUCCUCUGUGUUUACACGACUCAGAGCGACGUCUGGUCCUACGGAGUCCUGCUGUGGGAGAUCUACUCUAUGGGCCGCAGUCCGUACCCCAACAUGGCGGUGGACUCAAACUUCUACCGCAGGAUCAAAGACGGAGUCCACAUGGAGCGCCCUGACUUUGCCCCUCCAGAACUGUAUGAGCUGAUGACCCGCUGCUGGGACCUGGAGCCCACCCACAGACCCACCUUUAAGGCCAUUGGUCAGAUCAUCUCCAGGCUCCUCCCUCCGACUGAUGACACGCCCUCUUCGAGCGAGCAGGUCUCCUACAAGAACGUCUCAGAGAGAGAAGUCCACACAGGAGACAAGACCGACCAGACCGGUUCUGAGGUGCAGCAGGAGACACCAUCUCCUUCAGCCGUUGAGAUGGAUCAGCCUCCUCCAUAUGGUCCGGCUCCAGGAUUUGGAUCUGCUCCGGUGUUUCCGGGAUACCAGUCCUACCCCCCACAGCACUCCUAUUACCAGGCUCCGCCCCCUGCACCUGUGGCUCCGCCCACAGGCUCCUGGGACACGCCCAAAAGCACAAUGUACCUGGUGCAGGACGACCGCUCGUCUGGCUUCAGGUCUCCGCUCUCGACUUUCGGUCUCAGUCCUGGUCUUGGCCCCGGUCUGGCCUCGGGCCUGGGAUCUGGCUCAGGUAAAGUUCAAUGA